GACCUUGAUUGUGGUCGUGUUAUAAUCGUGUCAACCCAGUCUACAUGUUUAUUUAGUUGUGUCGUGUUCAUCUUUUAGAGCUCAACCAGUUUAACUCAAUUAGACCUGUUUAAUUAAUUAUGUCAUAAUUGUGUCAGUUUAACCUGAUUAUGUAACCUAUUUUAACCCUGUUACUACUGACAUUUUUUAUUAUUAUUCAAGUAUAGAUCAAAUACGGAUAUCGUGUUGUCCUUUUUUUUUUUGGUGGUAAUUAUAUUGUCCUCAUUUUCUUGAACACGUUUUUAAAUGGAUCAUGUUUUGCCGUGAGUUACACGACCCAGUAAUUAAACGAGUUACAUGGGUAGAGUUAUGUUCCCUGUUUAAUUAACAACUCGUGAUUGGGUUAACCUAUAUAAACAAUAUACUAUUAAGUUGAAACAACACAAUAUUGGCCCGUCAACACGAAUUGCCACUCCAGCUCUUGUUGAAACAGUUCAAGUUUAUUUAUGCCCCUUUUUAUGCAAUGUACCUUUCUACAUCAUGUAGAAAGGAAGCCGUCGAUAGAGGUUCAAAAAAGUUUGGCGUUGUCUACCAUUUUUCUUAUUCCUCUAUAUUGUUGUAACUGUAAAAACUAAAAAGCAAAUAUCAACAAAUUUUCUGUACAUUGCUUAAGCUCUUACAUUAGAUAUAUAGUGAAGAAUGACAGUUUGAAAAUUCUGGGUAUUUGUGAUUGAUCCUAAUUGAAUUUAAACUCCAGUAUAUGCAUACUGGUUGUUUUGUGUCAACCAUUGUUAGUCUAUUUUCAGGUUUCAAUGUGUUGUAAGAAAAAAAUUUGCUCACAGAGAGUAAAUCUUUUCAUACUUGUUCUUUUAGAAGUGAACUUGAUAUGUAACCUAAACAAUAAUAGUUGUGAUGUUAAAAAGUCAGCUUAAUUACCUAGAUUCAUAUUAAAUUUUUUUUUUUUUUUUUAAUUUUUUUAUGCUAUUGCGGUUCUAAUGGAAGCCCAUCUGUUUCAUCGGAUGAAUCAAGACAUGAGAAUUUUGAAAGAAGCGCUGUUGAGAACAAUUCGUGAUAUUGAUUUAGCAUUCUCUGAGGCAACUGUCACAAAGAAUCUUCGUUCAGCUUCUACAGCCACGAUUGUUGCUAUGGUACAUGGUCAUAUUUUAGUUGCCAGUGUUGGUCAUCCCAAGGCUUUGCUUUGCUCUGAAAAAGUUCAUUCUCAUGAAGACAUGGAAGGUAUCUUAGGGUCUUACCUUUCUCUUAAAGAAUUGACAAGAGUUCCCCCUCCUACGAAAGAAGAUGAACGAGCCCGCCUUUUAGCUCGCGUUUUACCAGCCGAUGGUUUAGUUUUUUCUUUUGGGGAUAGGCCUCUGGUGGACGGUUUCAAUAAUACAACUCCAGCUAUUGGCUUUACGUUAAAGAGUAAUGGUUUUAUAGAAGAACAUGAAGUGGCUGACUGGCAACCUCUAACAGCCGACGACAUCUACUUGGUAGUUGCAACAGGCGUAUUUCAAAGGCUGACCCCGCAGAUGGUCUGUGUGAUGUUUUACCUAUUUCCAAAGUGAAGCACUGUUCCUUCUUGACCAAGGAUUCUGACUGCGUUUACUUCACUGCAUUUUUUAAUGGCAAUGCUCUUGACAACUCAUCUGUUAUUGUGGUACCCCUGAGAUCAGCUGGUUUGACCCCUGAAAAGAUUUCAUGAUGGGGGGAUAUAGAUUAUCAUUGUUUCUUUCUUUCUUUCUUUUCAUAGACAAUCAUUACAAAUAUUUAUCAGUGUAGAUGCUUGGUUACUGUAUUAAAUUAUGAUCAAUUCCAUCAAUAUUGUUUUGUGAU